UCCCCUUAUCAAAUUUCUCUUUUCUUUCUCUCUCUACUUUCUCUCUCCAUCGUAGCGGUCAUCGACGGCGGCUCUUCUUCUUCCUCCUCUAUCCAUUUGAUGGAAAACGGACCGCCACAGCCGUCAGGUAGUAGCCCACCUCCAAAACCCUGGGAACGAGCUGGUUCUUCUUCAGGCCCUGCACCUUUUAAGCCCCCCUCUGCUGGUAGCACGAGUGACGUAGUAGAGGCAUCUGGAACAGCCAGGCCUGGUGAGAUUGUUUCAACUGCUAAUAGGAAUACAGCUGUUAAUAAUAGCACACUUGCAAGGCCUGUACCUACUCGACCUUGGGAGCAGCAGCAAACUUACGGUAGCUCAUACGGAGGUAUUAAUACAGGUAUGAAUUAUAAUUCUGGAUAUGGAACUGGAACAUAUGGUUCUUAUGGUGGUGGCUAUGGAAGCGGAAGCACAUACGGAAGUGGUUUGUAUGGAAACAGUAUGUACAGAGGAGGUUAUGGUGGACUUGCAGGCGGUGGCAUGUAUGGUGGAGGAAUGUACAAUAGUGGGUAUGGUGGCUCAAUGGGAGGUUAUGGCAUGGGCGGUAUGGGUGGUAUGGGCGGCAUGGGCAUGGGACCCUAUGGGGACCAAGAUCCAAAUAAUCCAUAUGGUGCUCCACCUUCUCCACCAGGCUUUUGGGUCUCCUUCAUGCAUGUGAUGCAAGGCGUUGUAACUUUCUUUGGCCGCGUUGCAAUGUUGAUAGACCAGAAUACCCAGGCAUUUCACAUGUUCAUGUCGGCACUCCUUCAGCUGUUUGAUCGCUCAGGGUUAUUAUAUGGAGAGCUGGCAAGAUUUGUGCUGAGAUUGCUGGGGGUCAAAACAAAGGCCAAUAAAAUUCAUCCCCCAGGCGCUAAUGCACCUCAUGGCCCUAAUGCACUUCCUGGUCCUCACCAACCUCGUGGUAAUCAGAACUUUAUCGAGGGACCUAAGGCUGCUCCAGGUGCUGCAUGGAACGAUGUGUGGGGUGAUAAUGCACAGUGAUAUAGAGUAGUGACUUACAAAUGUCACCUACCAUCGGAAGCCGUUGACAACAAGUUGCAGUUUGUUGAAAGCUACAGUAUAUAUAAGAGCUAUGCUGGUGUACUCGUAUGUAAAGCCAAUCAGCUUACCGUGCUGGAUUGAUUUGCUGCAUUUAAAUGAAUAAUAAUCUCGACUCCCCCCCCCCACCCCACCCCCUUCCCCUGCCAUAUUUGUGUGGGAUUGUAGGUUGUUAUAGAUCAAUGUGCACGUCAGUUUUGGAGACUGAACAACAUCGUUCUAGAAAUGAUGUGGUAUGAUUUCCAUUGAUUGGCGAUAAGAUGUUUCAUUGUUACAUCAUUUGUGUAAAUUCACCAAAUGCGAAGUUCUCAAUUUAUUUGACGAAUAUCUUAUUUGUUAUA